AUGUUUAAGGGUGAGGUGAAGGCAGAAAAUGAGAGGCUGUCAAGGAAAGUGCGGUUCCGUGUGGCAUCCUCACACAGUGGCCGGGUGCUGAAGGAGGUCUAUGCUGAUGGGGAGGCCACCGACUCACUGGACUCUGAAUACACCAGCAGCUCAGAGACUGACCAGACCAGCCGGCUGAGCGAGGUAGAGGGCCAGCAGAAUGGGCAUGGUGGCUCUGAGUGCGAUGAAAAUGAAAAUGAGCAGGAUGACUUACUCAUUUUAGUCCGAGCCACGAAAGAGAAGGGUUUUGGUACAAAGCGAGUCAACAUUCUCAGCAAAAAUGGCACAGUCAGAGGUGUCAAGCACAAAGUCAGUGCUGGUCAAGCCCUCUUUGACAACUUGUCAAAAAUAUUUCAGCAGGUGUCUACAGUGCCAGAAUUUGGCCGCAUAGUAAUUUAUACCACCAGCCUUCGUGUGGUGAGAACCACUUUUGAAAGAUGUGAACUGGUUAGAAAGAUAUUUCAAAACCACAGAGUUAAAUUUGAAGAAAAAAAUAUUGCUCUGAACAGCGAUUAUGGAAAAGAACUUGAUGAGAGAUGCAGGAGGGUGUGUGAAGCCCCAUCCCUCCCUGUUGUGUUUAUUGAUGGCCAUUACCUUGGGGGUGCUGAGAAAAUUAUGCUAAUGAAUGAAUCUGGGGAACUGCAGGAUCUCUUAACCAAAAUUGAGAGAGUCCAGCAUCCUCAUGAGUGCCUCUCAUGUGGGGGCUUCGGUUUCCUUCCCUGCUCAGUGUGCCAUGGGAGCAAGAUGUCUGUGUUUCGAAACUGCUUUACGGACUCAUUCAAAGCCCUCAAGUGCACAGCUUGCAAUGAGAAUGGGCUACAGCGCUGCAGAAGCUGUGCAGGUUAAAAAGGGCAUCUCCACAUGUGCAACUCAAUUUUAUUGU